UUUUAUACAAACAGUUCAACUCUUUGAAGAAGAAAAACCCCGCCCUGAAGACGCUACUGGCAGUUGGAGGCUGGACCCAUGGAUCUCAGCCGUUCACAGACAUGGUCAGCACGGAAGCCAGAAGAAAAUCAUUCAUCCAGUAUGCAGUGGAGUACCUUCGGACUCAUGAAUUCGACGGUCUUGACUUAGACUGGGAGUACCCGGCUAACAGGGGCAGUCCUCCAGAAGAUAAACAGAGAUUCGUGCACCUGUCCAAGGAACUUCGCCAAGCUUUUGAUCUGGAGGCAUCUAAAACUGGCAAGGAGCGGCUGUUGCUGACCAUGGCAGUACCUGGCGGUCCCCGAACUGUGGAGUCCGGAUAUGACGUCAAGAGUUUAAACAAAUACGUGGAUUUCUUUAACCUGAUGAGCUACGAUCUCCAUGGUUCCUGGAGCCCUGUCAUCGGCCACCACUCUCCGCUGUUUGGGGGAGACAAAUGGUUUGACUCCAAGACUGAUGCUACAAAUGUGGAAAAGACGGUGGAUCUCUACACAGAAAUGGGCGCCCAGCCCGAGAAGAUCGUUCUGGGACUUCCACUUUACGGCAAGACGUUCAAACUCUGCGAGAAAGGUCAUUCGCCAGGAGAUAAGAGUUGCGGCGCUGCCAAUCCGGACACCAUGAACUAUUACGAGAUCCUGAAGAGACUCAAGGAGGGCUCCCUUGUGAGACAUUGGAUGGAGGACGAGCUGGUGCCUUACGCAGUCAGUCUGAAGGACAGGUUAUGGAUCGGGUACGAUGACGAGGAGAGUGUUCGAGCAAAGGUGAACUACGCCAAGAAGAGAAAACUUGCUGGUGUCAUGGUGUGGGCUAUAGACACGGACGACUUCUCGGGCCACUUCGGAAAUCAGGGCGUCAAAUAUCCAUUGCUGACGGCGAUAAGGGACACACUAGAAGGGAAGAGCGAGGACAUUACCAAGCGGAAGGACAGCACCCAGAAGAGAAGCGAACCUCUUGAUAGUAACAUUAAACCGCCUACAAGUAUUGAUCCCGAACCUAUACCUGAGGUUUAUCAUUCCCGUCUUUCAAAAUCCCCAUUUAAACCUCACCCAAACAUCAUGCGUUACCAUAAAGAUGACAGAAACAAUCAUCCCACAGAUAAAGCGAAUGAUUUAGAUAAUGAACCAACCAAGCCAAACGAAGAAGAUGAGGACUGGAUCGAAAUUCAGAAACUAUUACAGAAUUCGACAGUUGUGUCCGAAAUCAAGUCUAAACUAGAUGAGAUACACGAAAAAAUGUCUAGUUUGUCGAGCACCAAUAGUACUAGAGCUCCCGUCACUUCUGAAACAGAGAAAUCUAGUCGACAGCCAACAACCCUCUGGUAUGAGCGACCCAAAGAAGAUACAAAACAAACUGACAUAUCCAACGAUCAAACCAAAGACACUGCUUCAAAAUAUUUUGAUCCUGUCCCUGGGUCAGAGUUGAAGACGACACAGGAGCUUGCAAACUCUGAAGGAAGCAUUCAUCUAGAACCUUCAGGUCUGUCCAUUUCAAAGAAUAACCUUUCUCAAGACAACAACAUCAUUAACCCUGCAGAUAAUCAGUCUUUCAAGCAAACUCCACUUGAAACAUCUAAAAUCUCCAAAUAUGCUGCCAGUGUACAUUCCGAGAAUUCAGACCAGACAGAGAAAACCAAAACGCCCAGCUGGCAUAACAGAAGCAUUCAGAACAGCCUAUCAGAGAUGCCGGUCCCAUCAAAAUCACCCUCUUUUUGGUGGGAGAAAGGGACGGAAAAGGACAACGACGAGGCAACAAACAAAAGCAACGACGAUAAGGUUGAAAAUAUAACAAACUUCAAUACAGAACCAUUAUUAAACGGCAAAGAGUCCGACAUUGUCCACGAAGAUGCGACAAAGAUUAAAAGUCUUUCUGAAAACAAAAUGAUAAAUGAAGCUAUGGGCAAGUCUUUAGAUGCCGAGGAUUUACGCCCUUUGGCAAAUACAAUUGCACUAAUUGUGAAAGAGCUUCAACCGUUGGAUAAAGAGCACAUUCAGCAGUCUAUUGUAAAUAUCGACAAUCUCUUAGAUGAGGAAUCAACAAAGGAAGCACUGAAUGUAUCGCCACCAAAGAAUGACGACAAAAAUAUUGUAAAACUCAACUUCAAGAAAGGCAGAAAACGGUUAAGCAAUCGUGGCCACCAAUGGAGGAGUGAACAAUCAGUGGAGCUAACUGAGACCAAUAAACCUCCAACUAGGGAACAGACCGAGGACAGCGUUAAACAAAUCGACAAAGAAAACACGAAAGAUAUGAGUUACGAAACUGUAACUAAAACCAAAUCAGAUAAAAUAAAGGACAAAGACAAUCAAGACCAAGUAUACACAAUACACAGCAUCGCCGGCCAGGACCUGGGUUAUGGAAACAGCCAAGAUAAAGAAAUCCUGGUGAAAUCUGCAGAAAGCGAUACAGGGCGACCAGACAGUGCUAUCGGCGAUAGUCUUAACACUUCACUGGCUUCAAGGGCAAGCCAGGAUUUCAUCAAUGCGGACUCCAGACACGACGAUGUCCUGCUUCAGGUAAGGGAAGAGAUAGAUCAGACUUUAACUGUAGAUAACAAACUUUCUUUCCCUCAUCUUUCGCUAUCGUAUUUUCUGUUCCUUGUUGACUGUGUAAUUCUAUAG